AUGAAGUUAGACAUUUUUUCAUUUUCCGCACUCGCUCUGCUGACAAGUUUGGUGUCGGAGGUAGCGAGUCGUAUCCGGAACGAGGCCCGAUCGAUUGUGAAUGGGUAUGAUGCCCCCAACAGGGUGUAUUAUGUGAAACUGGAGAUCACUCUUCAGACUGGCAGGCAAACACUUUGUGGAGGAAGUGUCAUCAGUUCCCGAUAUGUGUUAACUGCAGCCCAUUGUAUUGAUGAAGCAUAUCGAGUCACAGUGCUGGUCGGAGAUUUCACUGAUACUUAUCGAAAGCAGAAAAUAACAGGCAACCGAAUGAUUUUCCACAGAGACCAUAACGAAGAAUUAAUCACAAAUGAUGUCGGCCUUAUUGAGCUGGGCCAGCCAAUCAGAGGUCGCAGCAUUCCAUUGUGUACUAAAUCAUACAAGGAUUCCGGCUACUUGAUGGUAGCCACAGGCUUGGGUUUUAUCGAUCCAGCGAGCGAAAAGAAGCCGACAGUCCUACAGGAGACUGUUCUCGAGGAAACAUACCACAACUGCGAACGUCCAACCAGCGAAGUGUGCAUGAAACCGACCAGAAGUGGCAAACAUAGCAGUAUCUGUAUGGGAGAUUCAGGGGGACCAUUGGUAGUGCUCAGUCGCUCUGGUGAACCGAAAUGCCUGUACGGAGUGUCAAGCUACGUGCCGAAUCAAUAUUGCAGCGGCGAAAGCUACUUUGCCCGAGUUUCCCAUUUUUAUGACUGGAUUGAACAAAACAUGUAG